AUGCCAUCAACAUUUUUAAACACUUCCCCAAUUUAUAAUGUAGAAAACAGUGAUAAUAUCAGUAAUACAAUAGGGUCCUAUAAGAAAAAUGUUCUAGACAAAUCUAAUUCAUAUUUUGAACAGUUGGAAAAUAUCUUAUCAAAGAAAAAUAUAAAAUCACCUUCUAAUAAUUAUAUCAAUUCCCUAGUAAACAUAAAAGAACCUAUUGAUUUAACUACAUGUUUAUCAAGUGAAUACACACAUACUUCAUUUAGGCCUUAUAGUUCUCAAAUUGAAACUGUUCAACUACCUAUUACAUCAGAAAUAACUACAUCAAAUGAAAAUGAUGAUGAUCAAAAUAAAUCAGCCUUUGAACAAAUAAUUGACGAUCCGUGGAUGGACUAUAAUGAUUGGCAACCAUAUAAUAUUAGUCCUCAAUAUGUGUCACCAGUUUUAUCGGAGAAAAAUUCUUUGGUCUUAGUUAAUGACUCUGAAGUAUUAUCAACACCCCAAAAUAUUGUAAAUCAUAUUAAUAUGGAUUUACAAACUUCUCCACCAACUAUUUCAAGUAAUGUUGAUAUAGUAAAUCAUCAAAUAAAAAAUGCAGUAACACCAAAUAAAUACGGCAGUAGAAUAAGUACUCCAAAGAGUUUACGCAGGGUUCAAUCAGAAUCUAUCAUUGGAACUAAUGGACAAAUAACACCUUUGCCAAAUUAUAGUGCAAUGAAAACACCAGAUUUAAGAAAAGAAUUUGAACGUUAUGGCCUUAAAGAUCUCGGAAGGCGCAAAGGAAAGCUUAUAUUAAGACAUAUCUAUGAUGUAACUCAUCCCAAAUAUGUUUCUGAAGAAGCAAAAUGUGUUGGAGACUCUGAACAGUAUUCUGAUUCUUCAGAUAGUUCAGAACAUGGAAUGCCUUAUUAUGAAGCUGGAGAUUACGACGAAUUGGAAAUAGUCAAACAAAUUUAUCAAAUAAAAUUUCAAUAG